AGUCAGUUGCGGCUGGAGCCGGGUCCUGUUAGAAAUAUUUGAAAAAAAAUUGACUUAGGUCAUUUUUAACACUCUGCUCUCCGUGCCGCUGGUAGACUAAAUGUGGAUUCAGGUUAUUUUCAACACUCAGGGACCCCCCUCCAGGAACCAGGUGCAGUUAAGCAUGUAUAAAAGCCUGGAGUGACUGUUCAGCUGCACAAGGUCCACAAAGAGGAUCCAAGGUCUGCUGAGAUGGCUCGCAUCUUUGUGUUUUCAGCUCUGGCUCUGCUGCUGCUGUCCGCCUGCUGCUGGGCUGAAAGCGAGCAGACAGAGGAGGACUCAGAGCUUUCUGUCUCUGAACUUCUGGAGAGAGCCAACAGUAAUCUGAUCCGUUCCAGCGAUGAUCCAAUCCUGAUUGAUGGAGACAUCUCCAUUGACAGCGAGGCAGAGAGAAACGCCGACCCCUGCACCAGUCGUGGCUGCAAGUGGGGAAAGUAUACUGACGGGAAGGUCUACAUUCCUUAUUACAUCGCCAGUCACUUUUCCUCCCGUGAGAAGUCCAUCAUCACCCGUGGAUUGGAGUCUUUCUCUUCCUUCUCCUGCAUCCGCUUCAGGCCCAGCAGAAGCAGUGACCGUGACUGGCUGAGCAUUGAGUCCCAGAAUGGCUGCUACUCCUACGUUGGUCGUCGUGGUGGUAAGCAGGUGGUGUCCCUGGCCCGUCGUGGAUGCUUGUACCAUGGCACCGUCCAGCAUGAGUUGCUCCAUGCUCUGGGAUUCAACCAUGAACAGACCCGCUCUGACAGGGACAACCACAUCAAAGUCCUGCUGCACAAUGUUCAGUCUGGAAUGGAGCACAACUUCAGGAAGAUUGCCACCCUCAACCAGGGCACUCCCUACGAUUACAACUCUGUCAUGCAGUACCACAAGUACGCCUUCUCCAAGAACAACCAGCCCACCAUGCUUCCCAUCCCUAACUCCAAUGUGUCCUUUGGCAAUGCUAAGGAGAUGAGUCGCAAUGACAUUGCCAGGCUCAACAAGCUGUACCAGUGCUAGGAAGGCUGUUCAGAUGUGCUGACAGACAGAGCGGAGGGAAGAGUGUCUCCUUGUGCUCACUGAACAUCAGAAGCUGCAGAUCUGAACUCAUCAGGAAAGCAGCCAAUGAUUGUACAAUAAAGUUACUCUGACAGCA